UAUAUCAACUUUCGUUUUUGUAAUAUUUCGAACAUGGGCAGGCGUAAACCUAUUUUUGAUAUGGACAUAAAAAUAAUAAGUCUGAGUUUUUCUUAUUAUUUUCUUGUCUUGACGAUUCAACUGUUCUCGUUUACAAAUGCGCAAUGGGGCGAGAGGGACGAUUCAUCAUCAGACGAUGACGACAAUCGCUGGGGACGCGUAGCCGGAAACGUGUGGAACAGAGCGGUAGAAAAUAGAAGGGAUAGACUGGAAAAUCGUUGGGAAAGACAAGAAGAUCGUUUAGAAAAUCUUUGGGAUAGACGCGAGGAUCGUCGCGACAGAUUUGAAGAUCGUUGGGACGAUCGUAGGGAUCGUCUUGACGACAGAUGGGAUAAUCGAGAAGAUCGCAGGGAAAAUCGCAGGGACCGCUUUGAGGAUCGUUUGGAUAACAACGGAUGGGGCCAGCGACGAUGGGAUCGCGACGAUGAUGACGAUAGGAGGAGAAGGGGAAGUAAUAACGUGUGGCGACGAGAUGACGACCGAUCGGACGACGACGAUGAUCGCCGUUGGAUGAGAAAUCCUUUGCAGAGGCAGCAGCAGCAGCAGAAUCGAGGAUUUAACAACGUUUGGCAAAACAGGAGUCCUGUGGCUCCAACCGUGCCCGUAAAUAACAACCAAUGGGGUAAUCAAGGAUUUGCAAACAAUAACGGAUUAUCUAGCAAUGGUGGGGGCGGCUGGACGCCCAGUCCCAUUAACGGCCUGCAGUUUCUUGGAGGUACCGCGCAAACACGCGCGACACACGUCCAACCUGUAAGCCGAGCGCCAGUUUUGGUAAAUAACUUGAACCGCGUCCCGGUAAAUAACCAGGCCGUACCGUUCACAAACAACCGAAAUCAGGCCGCACCAGAUAUCCGCCAACAACAAUGGCCGGUAAAUAACAUGUUCCCCGCGUUCACCGCACCAACACUUCCGACAAACGUCCAACCUGUGAACAGAGCGCCAGUUCCGGUAAAUAACUUAAACCGCUCUCCGGUAAAUAACCAGGCCGCAUCGUUCGCAAACAACCGAAACCAGGCCUCAGCGGCUCCCACACGAAGUCCGCAACAGUGGCCAGUAAACAACCAGAAUGCGAAUAAUAACUGGACCAGACAACCCCAAAGAGGGUUCAAUAAUAACAAUAACAACUGGAAUACCAGGAACACCGGACAAACGAGUGCCAGUGGCUGGAAUCAACCUAUGGAUCCGCUCCUUACCAUGUGGGCCAUGAACGAAAUGGAUUUGUUUUGA